AUGUCGAUUGAGCCUGGAAACUAUAGGAUUCAGAACGUCGGUAUCGGGAACUACAUGGAUCUGACCAGCGGGUCGAGUGCCCAGGACACCAGGGUUCAAGGCUGUACGGACGCCAACAAUUUGAAUCAGCUCUGGCAAUUUGAGAAGGUUGGCGACAACACAUGGAAGAUCUUGAACGCUGCGAGUGGCACAUAUGUCCUUGCUCCGGUCCAUGCCAUCAAUCAGGGUAUCGUCGGCGGCACGCCUCCAGACGUGUUCACGUUCAUCGACUCCGAUGGGUCGUAUCAGAUCAAACUCGCCGAUGAGUCUCUUGUGUUGUACCUCGGCAGUAGUGCAAAUGGUACCCAGAUCGUCCUUCAGGCCGCUGACGGCGGCGAUAACAACCAGUUCUGGUACCUGCACCCGAAAGGAAUAGUAGCUUCACCACCACCAAUAUCUCAUCUCUGGUUUGCGGCUUACAAUCUGCACGGGACUGGUGCCAUGCUAUACGCAGUACCUAUUGAAUCGCCGAAUGUUCGGACAAUCUCAAUGCCCUCUUACGCUGUGAUCGGUGCUUCUCGAGGCAUAGGCCUGGAGCUAGUCCGUCAAUUGGCUGCUAGCCCUCACAAUGUCGUCUUUGCCAUUGUGCGAAACAUUGUUACCUCCACGCACCUUACGGCCUUCGUCACCGAGUCGAAGAAGAAUAAUGUGCAUGUCCUGCAGGCGGACGUUGCCGACCACGUAACACUGAAGGUACUGUCAUCGUGGACCAACGUUCUUGGCCCGGCGUUGACUGAGCAUAAGGACGCCGCGGCACGAGCAGCCGAAAUUACUGGUGGUUCCUUGGAUGUUCUCAUUCAUAGUGCAGCACGAAUUGAAGUCCCGACGAUGUUCAAGAGGCUGACCGACUAUGAGGACGACAAGAAACUCGAGGAAGACUUCCUGCAAUACUACAAGGUGAACACCGUGGGUGUCGUGCAUUCCAUCAACGCAUUCCUUCCCUUGCUCCGGAAAGGCACCACCAGAAAGAUUGUCGCCCUCAGCAGUCACGUCGGCGAGCGUACUAUCACAUGGGAUCUGCGUACCGAUGCCCAAGCAGCAUUCGGCGCGUCCAAAGCUGCGACGCACAUGAUCUUAACGAAGUACGCGGUCCUCCUGGAGAGCGAGGGUUUCACCGUGGUCGGCCUGCUUCCUGGCAUAGUCGACGUAUCCGCCACUGCCGUCGACGCGCCCUUGACCAGUAUGGUGACAGACAUAGGGCCGCUACUCGCAAAAUUCAAACAGGUCAACCCGAACUUCGAUCCAACACCUCUCACACUGGAAAACGGCACCCGUUCCUUGCUUGAGGCCAUAUAUUCAUUCGGUCCGGCUGACACUGGUACCGAUAACGUGUAUAAAUAUGGUUCGUCCUUUCAUUUGACGUACUGUGCCUUACUGGGCUACCCUUUCUUCGACGCUUUCGUCGAGGACAGGAUCAAUCUGUCCGGCAUUGUUGACGAUAAGAUCGUCCCCGCUUCAGGCAAGAUCGAGUUGCUGUCUCGUAUCCUUCCUAAGUUCUUCGCGACCGAUUACAGAGGAGUAUUUGUGUAUACAACUGCCCGUUUCCUCUGGGCGAUGCAAACCGCGCCGCUGCAAGGCGGAUUGUGUAUACAAGAGCGGGAUGCGAGUGGGGUGAUGCCCCUCGAGGAAGCGGGCAAUAUAAUCCGCAUCGUCGUCAGAAUAUACAGUGGUGAUGACCAGGAAGAGUAUGUACGCAGCGCACUCAUGGGAUCCGACUCGUAG